CAUUUGUUUAACGUGCAGCUCCCACUUCUUCGUCUUAUGUAUUUUGUGGAGUAAGUGUUCUUUCAGUCUUUCAUUGUAUAUGUUUUUUGUUUUGUGGCUAUAACCUGAAAGAUGUAAACAUGAACGAACGUACAAAUUGUAUUUUUAUAAACUUAUCUUGAAAUAUCUGAGAAACAAGUAUUGCCAAGCAAGAUUUCAAGAAGUGACGCAGUGUAGCAUGAUAUAUAAUGAAAAUGCUAUGUUCCGAAGCCAAAAUUGCACUUCAAACAUUCUUAUUAGGUUUCUUCGUAUUUUUGCCCAUAGAAUUUGGCAAUAUUUACCUAAAUUGCGUUAGUUUAACCGAAAAUGCGAUGACAAUUUCCUCAGCUACAGCAGUACUAUGCUUUGUUGUAGGAUUACUUUACAGAGGGUACAACUUUCAAAUUGGCAUCAGAGCAGCUUUGUUAGGAGCUGUUUUUGCCCUUGGAUUCUAUGUUAGAAUAGUAGCACCUCCAAAUGUGAAAAUAUUUGGUUCUUACAUGUGCAUAAUGGCUUUCUUUCACUUCAGUGAAUUCCUCUUUAUUGCUUUAAUUCAACCAAAGCAAGUGUCAACUGAUUCUUUUGUCAUCAACCACAGCCCACAAUAUGUUAUUGCCGCCAUAACAUCCUGGCUAGAGUUUUUUCUAGAGUGCUACUUUUUCCCUGGAAUGAAGCAAGUCUACUGGUUAUCAAGUGUGGGUAUAUGCAUCUGUGUAUUGGGAGAGUUGUUGCGUAAGGCAUCGAUGCUCACAGCAAGGUCUAACUUUCACCACCUGGUUCAAUGUGAAAAAUCUAAUGAUCAUGUGCUUGUGACUCAUGGAGUGUAUGCUUGGUUUCGACAUCCUAGUUAUGUGGGCUGGUUUUACUGGUCUGUAGGAACGCAAGUAUGUAAUAUUUCAUGAGUAUAACCUUCUUAGUUCACGUAUAAACCCUAUUAUAAAGAGGGCUUGCCGGUGGAUAAAAACUUACAUGUUCAAGAAUUUCACCACGUGAUUGUUUUCGUUUCAAAAUAAAUAUCUAUAAAUUUAGAUUCAAUUGUCAAGAGAGACUUACAACUUUUAGCACCUAAAAAUAAGCUAAGUAACUGCUCGUGGAAACAAAAAUAAUAGUGAGAAUAGCUAAAUGAGUUAUUCAUUUUGCACUAAAAAAUAUAACUGGCAAUUUCACAUGGUGACAACCGUUAGUGAGAACGCACCUUUAACUUGUGUAAUUUUUGUUUGAAUACUGUGUAUUUUGAAACUUAAACCAUUUUGUUGCAGAUUGUUUUGCUGAAUCCAAUCUGCGUACCAGCUUACGCCAUAGCUAGCUGGCAUUUUUUCAAAACUAGAAUUUAUAUAGAAGAAAUAACCUUAUUGAAUUUCUUUGGCCAAAGCUACUGUGAUUAUCAGCAGAAAGUGUCAACAGGGUUACCAUUUAUCAAAGGUUACAAAAUAUAAAACACCUUGUUUUCACCACUCUUUUAAAAUUUACUUAUACUUGUGAUAUUAACUACUUAUGUUUAAAUUACUGGUCUAGCUUUAAAUAUAACAUACAACA